AUGUCAAUAGAUGACCUUCGUGGAAUGUUACCAUCGACGUUUACAGUUGAAGGCUCAGCAGGAUUGCUUACAAGAUUGUCAAUUGGUGGCAUUUGGUCUCGUGAGAACAUUGUUAUAAAAUCCAGUAUAAGUGAAUUUGCUGAAGAAUCUAUAUUAUGUCUUUCAAACUACAUGUAUUCGCCGCCGAAGCAUUAUAGUAUAACAAACUUUGUCAGUAAGUUUAACAUAAGACUUGUCGAACCUUCUUCAAUGAAAGAUGUUGUGCUACCCAAAGACGGAAAGGAUGGACUCAUUAUUGAGAUGAUUUUAAUUGCAUAUUAA